UGCUUUAGUGUCAUUAAGUCGUAGAAAUCUAAAUAAAUAUUUACGUAAUCAAAAACUAAGUUGUUUGCCUCCAUUUACUCCUGUCAAUGAUUAUGAAGUUUUCUUUCUCAAUCGUUUAUCCAAUACAAAUUUAUUGCAUCAUCUUAUACAAUUGGCUCAAAACACAAAGUUUUUCAGUGUUGACACCGAAGGAGAUAAAUACACGAACAAACCGGCAUUAAUUCAACUUGAAUUUAUCAAUGAAACCAUAUCAACUGUAGUUUUAGUUGAAGUCUGUCAAUUACCAUAUGACCAGCAAUCACUAACAUUCUGGCUCAUUCGAUCAUUAUUUAGGUUUCUAUUUCAACAUACGAAGUGCAUUUACUCUUGGGGAGAUGCUGUGAAAGAACUUGCCCAAUUUACCAAUUAUGACCUGUUUAACAUUGACGCAUUAAAAAAGCCAGAAAUAAUCAAUUUACAAUCGAAAUUUCUUAGUUGGCACUAUGCCAAAACAAAAUUCUAUCCAACUAACUUACAACCAUGGGGACUACAAGCUGCUGUUGCUGAUCAAUUCAAACAAUUUCUCGAUAAAACUGAAACAUUGAAUACAUGGAGUCAAGGUCUUGAUCGAUGUCAUACUCAUAGCUACAGGGACAAAAUUCAGUCGAUGAUCCAAUAUGCUGUGAAUGAUUGCUUAGCAGUAACAAAAUUAGCAGUUCAUAUGAGUGAAGAAGUUUCAACAUUAUUUUCUUGA